CUUCCUGGUGUAAAGGUUGUGGCUAUUUGUAAAUUGAAUUGUGAAAAGAGUAGUAAAACAUCGCACAACCUCCAAUAUGCUGAAGUUCUUGAUAUUGUGUACAUUGAUAAGUGUAUAUUGUUCCACAGUUUCAUCGUACACUGAUACUGAAUAUGUGAACAGUAAUUGUGGUAGUACAGUAUACGUCACCAGUGCCACCAAAUUGAAACUUGAAAACUAUAUGUUUUAUGGACUAGAUAGUCCAUGUGAAAUCACUUUAACAGCUUACGAUUCUUUCCAAACCGGUUUGUCACUAGAAGGCCAUUUUCUAGAUUUUGAUCUUCCAUGUAAUUAUGGUUCAGUUACCCUUUACGAUUCAACAAAUCGACAAUCUAGAACCAUAUUAGCUGAUCAACUAUGUGGAUACAAACCAUCUACAUUCUAUAAAGGAAGUGGUGAAAGUAUUGUCAUAGAGAUCAAUAAGAAUGAAGGAUAUUCUCAAUACACUGCCUCGUUUAAUUUCUUAUUAACAGAGAGCCAUGAUGGAUUUUGUGAUGAUACCGAGUUCCAGUGUGAUAAUUUCGAGUGUAUUAAUAACCUAUUAACAUGUGAUGGUAAUAAUAACUGUGGUGACAACUCAGAUGAAGGGUCUGUAUGUUUCUGGACAAUUGGAACUAUUGCUGGAAUUGGUAUUGGUGGUGGUGUUCUGUUUAUGAUAGUGGUUAUUAUAAUUGCUGUAUCUUGUAGACGAAAACAAAGAGUGGUCUAUCAAAAUCAAUAUGGCAGUAUGCCAUAUACCAAUGGUCCUCAAGUUAUUGCUCAACCAUACAUGGUGAUGCCACAGCCUCAGUAUGGUGCAGCACCAUUCCCUGGUUACCAACAACAAACACCUGCUCCACCUGCUCCACCUGCUUAUAAACAAGAACAACCUAAAACCACUGUUAAAAGCUAGACCGAUAGACUUUUAUUUUGUUAAUUGUAAAUAGGCUUUAUAAACCUUGUAGGUGAAUUGGGGGACACUUGUAUCAUAUGCGCCAUUCCAAUUUACAUUAAAACUAAGCGUUUAUGAAUAUUGCUAUGUAAUAAUAUUUAAGAGCUUUGCUAUAGUUGCGUCAUAUAACACUUUGUGUGAACAUGAACCACAGAAUACUAAAAAUGGAAUGGCGCAUAUCGAAAUAUUAGUGUCCCGAAAACACAUAAAACGGUUAGAAAGCCUCUAUACAAUAUACAAACAAAUUUUCAGGGGUUUGUUGUCAGACAGCUUCUUCUUGUUUUUAACAAUAGAAAAGGAACAGAUUAUUAAUAACCAUUACUACAUGUAAGCUUAAUUCACGUUUUGAAUUAACUUUUGCUAUUAAAUCUAUACACAUUCUUAAAGGUAACAUAAUUCAAAUGUGUUUUCUUGUCACGAUGCCGUCAAAUGUAUCAAGGAGAAAAUUUAUGCCAGAAUUUGACUGUCACAAAACAAUAUUUGGUUUAAAUGUCAUUUACGAUAGUAAAGUUUUAAUAAGUUCAUUGUUUUUAUAUGAAUUAUAUGAAUCACAGACGCUGGACAGAAAAAGGAUGUAUAUAUUAUUUAUAUUUCAAGUGCCACAAUUUAUUUACGACAGAAAACCUCCUACGAACCCUUGUAGUGACUGUGCAUAUAUUGUGUACAAGUACUGUGUUUGUUUGUUAUUUUAUUGUUAAUAAAUCGUUACAUUAUUA